CUGAUAAGGUUUUGCAAAAGUGCACCGGAUUGAUUCGAGCAGAUUUGUUUGCGCCUGUAAUCGACUAUGGUUUCACUACUCCCUAGUCGCACCUGCUCGGGUGCUAGCACUAGCGAAUGCGGGCGUCGCAACGCAGCUACUGUGUCUUGUGGCAUCCGCACAUCCUAUCGCUCACAGCCGCAUCAACGUGCUAUGUCUUGCCGCACAGCAAUGAUUGAAGACACACAGUUAUCUGACGAGAAGCGUGAUAUUCAGAAAAUUUUGGAUCGACCCUACAAAUAUGGCUUCAAGACCAUAAUUGAGUCGGACACCUUUCCGAAGGGGCUAAACGAGGACGUCGUGCGCGCAAUUUCUGCCAAAAAGGGAGAACCUGAAUGGAUGCUUGAGUUCCGCUUGAAGGCGUACCGGAAGUGGCUGACGAUGGAGGAGCCUAAAUGGUCAGACAACGCGUACCCUGAAAUUGACUACCAGGACGUAAGCUACUACUCUGAGCCUAAAGUGAAGGAGAAGCUGAAGAGCUUGGAAGAGGUGGAUCCGGAGCUGCUAAAGACCUUCGAGAAGCUUGGCAUUCCGCUUAACGAGCAAAAACGGUUGGCCAACGUUGCAGUCGACGCCGUGUUUGACUCAGUUUCCAUUGCCACGACUUUUAAGGAAGAUCUUAAGAAACACGGCGUCAUCUUCUGUUCCAUCUCAGAGGCGCUCAAGGAGUACCCGGACCUCGUGAAGAAGUACAUGGGCAGCGUGGUUCCAGUGGGCGAUAACUACUUCGCUGCUCUGAACUCGGCGGUGUUCAGCGAUGGCUCUUUUGUGUUUGUUCCAAAGGGUGUAAAGUGUCCCAUGGAGCUUUCCACGUACUUCCGAAUCAACGCCAGUGAGACCGGCCAGUUUGAGAGGACGCUGAUCGUGGCCGAGGAGGGCUCGUACGUGUCGUACCUGGAGGGCUGCACGGCCCCUGCCUACGACAGCAACCAGCUGCACGCCGCUGUUGUGGAGCUGUACUGCGAGAAGGAUGCGGAGAUCAAGUACAGUACCGUCCAGAACUGGUACGCCGGCGACGCCAACGGCAAGGGCGGCAUCUAUAACUUUGUCACGAAGCGCGGCAUGUGCGCUGGGCCCAACUCCAAGAUUAGCUGGACGCAGGUUGAAACGGGCUCGUCCAUCACGUGGAAGUACCCCUCCGUCGUACUGGCGGGCGACAACAGCGUGGGCGAAUUUUACAGCGUGGCGUUAACCAACAACUGUCAGCAGGCCGACACGGGCACCAAGAUGAUCCACGUGGGUCGCAACACCCGCUCCCGCAUCGUGUCCAAGGGCAUAUCCGCAGGCACCUCCCGCAACUGCUACCGCGGCCUGGUGCAGGUGAUGCCCUCGGCCAAGGGCGCCCGCAACUUCUCGCAGUGCGACUCGAUGCUCAUCGGCGACCGAGCUGGGGCCAACACCUACCCCUACAUCCAGGUCCGCGAGCCGUCCGCAGUUGUGGAGCAUGAAGCCUCCACCUCCAAGAUUGGUGAGGACCAGCUCUUCUACUUCCAGCAGCGGGGCAUCGACCCGGAGAAGGCGGUGGGAGCCAUCAUCAGCGGCUUCUGCAGGGAGGUGUUCAACGAGCUUCCCUUGGAGUUCGCGGCCGAGGUCAACGAGCUGAUGAGCCUCAAGCUGGAGGGAACCGUGGGGUAA